AUGGAUUAUGAUACUAUAUUCCUUACCAAAUACUUUCUAUCAUUUACGUAUGAUAUCACAAUCGAUAUAAUUCGUUUACUUCCUAACCCUUUGAUUGAAUGUUUAUUGAAUACAAACGCAUUUGAUUUAGUGGUUUAUAAUGAGUUCUUGAGGCAUCUAAUUGUUUGCAAAAACUAUGAAAGAAGUUCAAAGUUUGUUAUAGGAGCAAUGUUAGAAAACUCUUUAGAACUGUUAACAUCAUUUAAUUAUACAGAUCCAGAUUUAACUUUACAUAAUUGGCCUCAGAAUUUUUCACCAAGAACUGUUCAUAUUUAUGAAGAUUAUGAAGAAGUGGAAUUUUAUCUCUCUUUUGAUCAUGAGUUCUUAAAAACGGUUCAUGAUAUUAGAAUUACAGUUCUGAUGUCGUUGGACGAAUUAAAAAAAUAUGGUAUGUUUACCAAGAUAAUAGACUUCCCAAACUUAACAACAUUAAACAUUGAAUUUAAUUGUGGAAUUGAAUGGAUUAAGUUUCCCUAUAAUUUUAAUGGCAAAAGUGAUAUUUUAGAAUUCAAGAAAUUUGCUGAGAGGUUAGGUAGUCCCGAGAGUAUGUAUGAUAUUACUGAAAGAUUGCCUAUCAGUAUUGAAUCUUUGCGUGUAGGAAAUAUUAUUGACUAUGCCAAUUUAAAUUAUUUAAUGAAUUUGAAGUCCAUGUCAAUAACUUGUUUUACCGUGAAAGAUUUGAACAAUUUUCCAACUUCAUUAGAAAAGCUUAGUCUUUCUAGUUGUACAUUCAAUCGUUUGAUUGAAUACAUAAAUUGGCCACCAAAUUUGAAAUCUCUUAAUAUCGAACUAAGUGAAAUGUCAUCAAUCAGAACCUCAGUUAAUCUUGUGAAUUGGCCAAAAGGUUUAACAAAUCUAACUUUGAACAAUAAUAAAUUUACAAGUUGCAAUAUAGGUAAUUUACCUCAAAGUUUGGAAUAUUUAGAAAUAACUUCAAAAUCAAGUUAUCCAAUUAACUUUAAUAGUGAAGUUCCUGAUGGUUAUUGUCGCACAUUUCCUAGAUCAUUAAAACAAUUAAAGUUAAGCUCGAUUACAUUCGCAGAUAGUCUUUAUUGUGAUAUAGAGUUUCCUGUUAAACUAGAGAAAUUAGAAUUGAAAAUUGGUUUGAAAACACUUAUUAGUUAUAUAUUCCCACCUUCAUUGACAGAUUUAGACUUAAGUUUCAAUAAUAUAACAAGUUUAGAAACGUAUAAUUGCAAUUCUAAAGACUGGAAACAGUUAGUGAAUUUGAAACAUCUAAAUUUGAUGGGAAAUCCUUUGAAUGUUUCUGGAAUAAAGAAUUGGUUACCCCCUACAAAUUUAAAACAUCUAAAUUUAAGUUGUACUCACAUCACAAGUUUAGAAAUGGAAUUGUUUAAUGAAUCAAAUAAGAAUUAUACCAAUAGUCUUACUAAGAUUGAUGUUUCACACACCUAUAUAGUUAGAGUACCACCAGAUUUCUAUUUACCGGAUAAUGUUUAUCAAUUUGACAUAAGUGAAAGUCACUUGAACUAUAACUUUCUUCCUGUAUUGCUAGGUAGUAAGAAAUUUAUAAGGGCUGUUUUCCCAAUUUUGCCUCUUAAUAAUUUUCAUAGAAUAUUUUAUAAUACUUAA